GCGUAACAUAGAGAUUGUGUAAAAUAGCGACCACAUUAUUUGAUAUACCUGUGUAUACUCCUUACUACCGGGACGUAGUGGGAAUGCUGUAGAAAAGAAGACAUUAAAGACCUUCAAAGCCUUGCUGAUGGGUUAAACAAAGAUGUUUCGUGACUAAUUAUGCAUCAAAGCAAUGAAAGAGACAAUUAUACAAGAAUCUCUGGAUUGUUACAUGACAAUGCGACGCCUAUAUGUAGAAAACUGAUGGAGCAACACCUAAAACGCAUAAAUAAAUCAUUUCCCGACUUCAUAGAUGACCAUCAACAUGACAUUUUUCAUUUUUAUUCCGAAAAAAUGUGUUGCCUUUGUAAAGACAAUCCUUCGGGCAAAUCGAUCCUCAAAAAGAAGCAAAUAAUGAUAUUAUUCGAUACUGACGACAAAUCACAACGCAGAAGAGGACAUAAGCACCAAAGAAACAAAAGUUUAUGUUGUUGCUUUGCGAAAAUAAAUAUCAAAGUCGACAAUCUUGAUUUUACUCUUUUAAAAUUUAUGCUUAUAAAUUUUUGCGAAGACGAGUUUUGGUUUUGUUUUCUUGUUUCAUGUCAGGACAGUUUCGAAGACUUCCUGGACAAACAGAGGCACAAUUUGUUUCAUAUAUGGCAAUCAAAUUGUGCAUGUUGUUUGUGUCGAACAGGGUACGUACGACCAAAUGCGAAUUUUAUAGACAAGCACCAGUUCAGAAAAGUAUUCAUUAAAACACAAGCUGUGUGCUCUACUCCAAGUCAUAAUUUUCAUUCAUGUAUAUAUAAGGCAGAACCAGGUUUAACAUAUAAGGAAUUAAAACAAAGAGAUUUGAGAUUGUUUUAUUCUUUGACAAACUUUUUUUGUCCACUUAGAAAAUGUAUCGAAACUUUAGGGGAUCACCGAAACGUUGUUCUUGCUCAUACAGUAUCAGCAAAAAUUUCUUGUGAUGAUUUUGACUAUCUAUGGCGAGGUAUGGUUACAUGUAUACUUGAAAUAGCUGUAGCAGUUGAUAAUAAAACAGAAACAGAAAUACGUAUCAAUUAUCAAAAAACAGGACCGUUAGACAUGAAUAUAUCUGCACAGUGGCAGACAGAAUUGCUUGCUGAAAUAAAUCAGAAGGAAGUAAGUAAAAUUAAUACAGAUUUAAGUAAACAGAGAGAUAUACAAUCAGAGAUGAAUACAAGUCAAGUCAAGACGUACGCAAGUCUUGUAUUCUUAUGUUUGUGUUUCAUCAUACUACAAAUCAUACUGUGA